AUGUCGGGUGAAAAUGAUUGGAAUGAGGACUUAUGUGGUUGCUUCAGUGAUUGUGGUACAUGCUGUUAUGGUUAUUGGUGUACACCGUGUUUAUUUGGUUCAAAUGCAACAAAAAUCGAUGGUAAAAAUUGUUUUUUAAUGUGUUGUCUCUAUGGACUGCUAACUAGUGUUUAUUUAUGUUGGUUGCCACAUUAUUUUGAACGUCAAAAAUUACGUGAAAAAUAUAAUUUAAAGCCUAAUCCAUCAUGCGGUGAUUGUCCAACAACAUUAUUUUGUAGUCCAUGUGCAUUAUGUCAAGAAGCUCGUGAAAUGAAAUCGAGAAAAAAUGAACAGAGUGUGGCAUUCAAAGCUAACAGCGCUCCAACGGUUGUUUCACAACCAGUACCAGAUUCAAAAGAUGUCAACCCUCUUAAUACACGACUUUGA